UAUUGUUUUGGUUCCUUAGCCAUGAAUCAGCGAAUCAGCCAAAGUGCUCCAGUGAAACAGCCACCCCCUCUGGCUCCUCAGAGUCCCCAAGGUGGCGUCAUGGGUGGGAGUAGCUCCAAUCAACAACAACAGAUGAGACUUCAGCAGCUACAGAUGGAGAAGGAAAGGCUGAGACUGAAGCAUCAAGAACUGCUUCGGCAGGUGAGGCCACAGGCAAUGCGGAAUCCCAGCACAGCAAAUUCUCCAAAACAUCAGGAAUUGGCUCUCCGUAGCCAGCUUCCAACAAUGGAACAAGAUGGUGGAUCUCAAAAUCCCGUAUCAUCUCCUGGAAUGUCUCAGGAACUGAGAACAAUGACUACAAAUAGUUCUGAUCCCUUUCUUAACAGUGGAACAUAUCACUCCAGAGAUGAAAGCACAGAUAGCGGACUUAGCAUGAGCAGUUACAGUGUACCCAGAACCCCCGAUGACUUCCUGAACAGUGUUGAUGAGAUGGAUACAGGUGACAGUAUCAGCCAAAGUAACAUACCGUCCCAUCAGAACCGAUUCCCAGACUACCUUGAAGCCAUUCCAGGGACAAAUGUGGACCUUGGGACACUGGAAGGAGAUGGGAUGAAUAUAGAAGGAGAAGAACUGAUGCCAAGUCUGCAAGAGGCUUUGAGCUCUGACAUCCUAAACGACAUGGAAUCUGUCUUGGCAGCCACCAAGCUAGAUAAAGAGAGUUUUCUUACUUGGUUAUAGGGGCCUCAGGGAGACUGAAUUCUAAAUCUGUGAAGGAUCUAAGGAGAAUAGGACAUCUGUAUCUGAAGUUCAGAACAAGCCAGUGUGGCACACUUUGGCUUGUGUUCAGAAAAAGUAAAUGAACAAAUAUUCAGCAAGAUUCUUUCGUUUUGCUCUUCCUUGUCCAUCGCUGCUGUUAUAUAUUGCUGACUUUUUUCCACAGUUGACUCUGAAGAACAGACAUCUUCUUGACCUUUUUCUAUUGCUGUUGCAACUACUGUUGGGGGGUGGGGGAGGGAAUGAUGAGCCUAUUUGAAUGACGAAUGCCAUUCCUUUUGUCCUAGUGUGCGCUUGCAUAUCAUUUUUAUCUAAGUACUCAGAUGUGAGAGUAAAUUUCUGCAUGUCACUGCUUGUAGUUUGCUCAGCUAGUUGUCUCCUGCUGCCUGUGGAAAGUGGUAAAACAUGACAUACUGGGGUGACAAGCCAAAAAUGAUGUAUCUGGUCAAAUGAAGUCAAUACUGAUUUGGAGAUAUGACUUAAAGGAGGGCUGAAAACUGGCAUUAGGUGUUUCCACGAGUAGCUUCUUCAUUAGCCACAAAGUGCUUUUGUUCAUAUUUUAUGUUAUAGUAAAUCAUGAGUCAUUUUACAUAGAAACAUAUAUGAACUUUGAUUGUUGCCACUUAUUCUAGCCUAACUCUUGUUUGUCAAAAAUAGUUUGAUUAUUUUUGUUAGUUGAUUUAACUGUAGCUAUAGGAUGGGAAGUAAUUCUAGGUGUUCUUUUUUAAAUAGUGAAAUCUAAGGUUUUUUUCUGAUUUCACAUAGUCUUAUUUAAAUCUGAAUUGUCUGCUUUUUUUAUACCCAAACCAUGGCUAUUGUAGCGCAAUAAGCUAGUGAGUACAUAAAACAGUACGUUUUGCCUGUAACUUUUCUAUUUUUUUUAAAGGCUAGCUUUGAAUGUAAUCCUUAGAAUCCAUGACCAGUGGCUUAUUUUUCAUGUUUCUUUGCAAGAUAUUGAAUUAGAAUCUAAGUGUGCUAUUUACAAUUUUAAAAUGCAUUUUAAAGUAGCAGAAACAAUUUUACAGUGACCGAUGCAUCCAAUCUCUCUUCUGGUUUUCAGUUUGUAUCUGAAUGAGUUUAGAUUCUUUAAUGGGAAAAAACUUUCUGAAAAUUUUCUCCUGAGUGAGCGUGGGAAAAUGGUCUGAACUAUGAAUAUCACUGUAAGUUGCAAUGAAAAGGCUAGAACACCAAAAAAACACAAGAAUCCUCAGUAAAAACUCCGAAGUGUAAUAGUUAUCAAAUUCCGUUUGGUGAAAAAUAAGCCCUGGGCACAAUGUAGAAGUCUGUAAAGAUACGUGUUAGAUGGUGACAUGAGCAAGUAAUGAAGUGUAUAUUAGCAGUAGAGCUUAGCAUGGGAUAGAGGUGAAUAUGAGUUAUCUUUAUUUUAACAGGAAAAGAUGUAUCACUAAGUUGUCUGCAGGAGUUGACAGUUUCCAAAGAGUAUUUUUAAAUGAACAAAACGAGCAUGAAUCAAACUUUCAGUAUAAGCUAUGACAUUUUCUGUGGUUUUGGUUGUUUUUUUUCUAACUAAAAGUCGAGUCAGCAGUUAGCACCUCUGCAAUUAAGGGUCCAUCGCUAUUCUCAGCGUAAGCCUUUAUUUUCAAGGGUGUUUAACAUGACCGUAAAGAUGCUGUAAGCAUGAAACCCGGUUUUCAGAAAAAUCCCAGCUAGCGGGGACUUCUCCCAGAGGGAGAUUUUAAUGGCUUUUUAUUUUGUUGUUAAAGAGACUGGUUGCCUUUCCAUGUCAGGAACGGAUCAGCAAAACAAAUGACCCGUAUGAUCAUUGUCAUUUUUAUACUUCAGAAAUAAACGUGCUUCAGGAUAAUAUAAAAGAACAAAAGCUCUGAUAAAAGUCUCGUUUUAAGAACUGAAGCAGCAGAGGCAGAGAUUUGAAUUUUGCCACUAGAAAUGCACAUUUACUACUUUACGUAAGGAUGGUAGUAUUUGAAACCCGCAGAUUUGUUUCUGCCUUGUUAAGGAAUACUGGCAGGUGUUAAAAUCCCAGUUUUCAAAACACAGUGGCCAACAUGUUCUACUACACCAGUAGUUCGGCGGUUGAUAGGCCGCUUCUGUAUUGUGCAAUGACACAGUAGCUCCUAAAGCAGUAUAUUGUGUCCAACUUAUGGAUUUUAGUAGCAUUUUUAAUAUUUCCUUAUGAACUUCUCUCUUCUUCCCUUCAGGAAAACAAAUUACACGAAGCUGUUAUAACUUGAAUGGUAUAACGUGAAACCACAACAGCAAGGAAACUGAGAACCUUUUCCAUUUCAGUUGUCUUCCACAGUUGUAUCCAGGCAUUACAGCACACACAGUGCACUGGGUGCAGACUCCCAACACGCCAUACCUUGGUGCCACACGGACGUGUACAGAACAGAUGUUCUUUCCUUGCUUUUGUGCGUUUGUCGCAGCUUUAAUAUUUGAGUGUUUUUUCUCAUUGUGAAAACACUAAAUGGCUUAUACUGUGUUUGGGUAGCACUGCUUGGGCUAGAUACUGACAGACUGGGAAUCCUUGAACUGUUCUAACACUAAUUCUGUUUUGUGAUUCUUAUUUUAAUAGAUUUUCAAACAUUUCCGUUCUCAUUUACUAGGAAACGUACCAUAGACAUGCUGUACUGUUGGCAAUCAACACUAAUUGGGUUUAUUUUUUUAUUCUGCAAACGCAUUGUUUGAUGAAGUGGUUAAAGUGUUUGAAAUGCAAAAGUGUUUUGGGGUAGUAUUUUAUACUGAUGUAUAUAUUGAAACAAAUCACUGUAAUAAUUGUAAUAGCUGUUAGGUAAAAUACACUACAUGCAGACGGAUGGGGCUGCACUAUGCUGUGCUGUUCAACACCUGGGCAGGGCUACUGCUUGGAAACAGGUUGCAGUGUCAGUAAACCACGUGGAUCAAAUAUUGUACCAUUCAGUGUUGGCGCUCACCAAUGCAAAAGGAGAAGAGACAAUUUCAACGUGAUUAACACUACAUAGCUUUCACACAUCUGGUAAAUUAGUACUAAAGUGACCUUUUCACUUACGAGCAUGUUUUUUUUUUUAAUUCAAAUUAACAGGUGUGCCUGUGUAAAAUAAUUUGUUUUCUGUAUCUUGGAAAAAAAAUACUCUACACAUUUAGAAUGUUGUAUGUUAGAGAACUCUUAAAUGCACCCUUGUCAAAAAUUACAUAUAUUAGUUACCAAUGUUACUUUUUAGAUAUGAGCAUGACUGUAAGUUAGGUACCUAAGUACGUUCUGUUACAUUAUUUUUCUUUAUGUAAUACUUUUUCAGUUGUUUUAUUUGGUAUAAAUAUAUACUUUGUGCUUAAA